AGCAGACCUGCAGUCCAGACAAGACACAUUUAAUCCAGGGUCUCUCAACAGCGCAGUCUCUGCCAAACACCGAGUGUAGACAUGGCUGCUGCCAGCUGUCUGCUGACUGAAGAUCAGUUCCUGUGCUCCAUCUGUCUGGAAGUGUUCACUGAUCCAGUCACCAUACCAUGUGGACACAACUUCUGUAAAACCUGCAUCACUAAACACUGGGAUAUUAACAUCCCCUAUCAGUGUCCCAACUGUAAAAAGCUUUUCUACCGAAAACCUGAGCUGCAGGUCAACACUUUCAUCUCUGAGAUGGCUGCUCAGUUCAGACAGUCAGCUCAACAGAAAGCCAGCAGCAGCAGCAGCUCAGAGCAACAAGUUUUCAAACCAGGAGAAGUUCCCUGUGACGUCUGCACUGGAACCAAACUGAAGGCACUGAAGUCCUGCCUGGUGUGUCUGGUCUCCUACUGUGAGACUCACCUGGAGCCUCAUCUGACAAUGUCAGGCCUGAAAAGACAUCAGCUGAUCAACCCUGUGGAGAACCUGGAAGACAGGAUGUGUAGAGAGCAUGAUAAACAGCUGGAGCUGUUCUGUAAGGAUGACCAGAUGUGUGUCUGCAUGCUCUGCACUGUUUUGGAUCACAAGACACAUGAUGUUGUUCCUCUGAAAGAAGAAUGUGAAGGAAAGAAACUCAAGCUGGGGAAGACAGACGCUGAAAUUCAGCAGAUGAUCCAGAAGACACAACUGAAGAUUGAGGAGAUCAAAUGCUCAGUGAAGCUCAGUCAGAGAGGUGCAGACAGAGAGAUAGCAGAUGGUGUUCAGGUCUUCACCGCUCUGAAGGAGUCUGUUGAGAGAAUCCAGGCCGAGCUCAUCGACACGAUCAAAGAGAAGCAGAGAAAGACAGAGGAACAGGCUGAAGGCUUUAUUAAAGAGCUGGAACAGGAAAUCUCUGAGCUGAAGAAGAGGAGCACUGAGGUGGAGCAGCUGUUACAGUCUGAAGACCACCUCCACUUCCUCCAAAGCUUCACAUCCCUGAAUGCUGCUCCACCUGCUAAGGAUCUGACAGAAUUUAACAUCUGUCCACCUUCAUAUGAGGGGACUGUGAGGAGAGCUGUGAAUCAGCUGGAGGAGACACUCAGUAAAGAGAAGAAUAAGCUGCUGGCUAAGGCCAAGCUGAAGAGGGUCCAGCAGUUUGCAGUGGAUGUGAUACUUGAUCCUGACACAGCACAUCCCAACCUCAUCCUGUCUUAUGAUGGAAAACAAGUUAAACAUGGUGAUGAAAUGAAGAAUCUCCCAAACAAUCCAGAGAGAUUUGAUAAUUGUGUCUGUGUCUUAGCAAAGCAGAGUUUCUCGUCAGGAAGAUUUUACUUCGAGGUUCAGGUUAAAGGCAAGACCUACUGGGUAUUAGGAGUGGCCAGAGAGUCGAUCAACAGGAAAGGAGAUAUCCCACUGACUCCUCAGGAUGGUUACUGGACGAUAUGUUUGUGGGAUGGAAAGGAGUACUAUGCUCUCGCUGGCCCUGAUGUCCAUCUCUCUCUGAAGUCUCGGCCUGAGAAGGUGGGGGUGUUUGUGGACUAUGAGGAGGGUGUGGUUUCCUUUUAUGACGUUGAUUCUGCAGCUCUUAUCUACUCCUUUACUGGCUGCUCCUUCACUGAGAAACUCUUCCCAUUCUUCACUCCAUAUCCUAAUGAUGAUGGUAAAAACUCUGCCCCCCUGAUCAUCUCUCCUCUCAGUCACACCGGGUGACUUUCUAGAUAUUCUUUCCAUAAGGCAAUAAUUUUAUAUUUCUUGAGGGUGCGUGUGUGUGUGUUGCAGUGUGUUAACAGCUAAUCUCGCAAACUACUGGACCAAUCAGCCUCAAAUUUUGUGUGCACAUUUGUGACUAUGCUGAAGAGUCUCCCUUCGUUGUGGGGAUUCACGGUAGUUGGAAAACGGGUUUUAUUGACUAUUUUACACUGCCAUUAACUCCUCACUGCUAUUUACUGACCGGAAGGAGCCGUAUGUUUUUGGGAGAUUGGCUUAGCUAAAAACAACAAGCCUUACUGUCUGACGCAGGCCACAUUUCAGCUAUCAUUGUGGCUAAAAAUCUGAUAUCCAUAGAAAAUGUUGGUAACAUUACAAAUCGCGUCAUCUGCAGAUUAAUUCCAUACCAGAUACCUCAUGAUACAUUAGUGUUAGACACAACAGGAGAUAAAUUAGUCCCUGUUUUGUUUGCUUCUCCACCAUCUUGACUCUAAAGCUGAAAACACACCUGCGCCACCAUGACGUGGUGCAUUAUGUGACGCCUCUAGCACACACGUGUCGUGCUGCAGCUCAUCAACAGACAACCACACAAAGUUAUUACUGCUUUAACUGAAACAUCUGUACUUCCUCCACCUGUGCAUUAUCUUAAAAUCACGCGUGGACGGCUUGUAAUUAAACUUAAUUUCUCACCUGACGAGCUGAUCUCCAGAGCUAUGACUUGCCAGGCUGUGUCUUUUUGGCAAUUGUCUAUAUAAUGACAGGAUUGUGGGUUGUUUACUUUGGGGUAUUAAGUAUAAGUCUCUCAUCAUCCAUUCUUCAUCACACAUGAGACCGAGCAACAGCAACAGAGUUCUCUUUAUACAUCAAUGGUGAGGAGAGGAGUUGAGCUGCCAUAGGAGCAGAGAAAAAGAGCUGCUAUGAGAGUUGGUAUGAGCAAGCAAAAAGUGAGUGGGGGAAAAAUGCAUUUAAUUCUGGGGGUGACAAGGCUGGAAAUAGGACAGCAGUGUGAAGUUCCAUGGGGGGGCACGUCCAGGAGCAUCAAUGUGUGUCUAGCCACCACCGGUGUGUUUUGGCCUUAAGUGAGCCUGGAGGGACAAUUCCACUGGGCACAGCUCCAACUGCAACCUGAUUUUGUUAGGUCCACUGCACAGUGCCAUACCUAGGGUUGUACCGGUAUGAGAUUUUCAUGCUACGAUAACCGUCUCAGAAAAUAUCACAGAAUUUAAAUUAUUACCAGCCAGAAUGACCCUUAAAGGAAUCUUAGCCAUAGAGAUAGGGUAAGGAGCUCGGAGUAGAGCUGCUGCUCCUUCACGUUGAAAGGGGUCAAUUGAGGUGGUUUGGGCAUCUGAUCAGGAUCCUCCUGGGCACGUCCCACUGGGUCAGACCCAGAACACACUGGAGGGAUUACAUAUUUCAUCUGGCCUGGGAACGCCUUGAGGUUCCCCAAAGAGGAGCUGGAAAGAGUUGCUGGGGAGAGGGACGUCUGGGGUGCUUUGCUUGGCCUGCUGCCCCUGCAACCCAGUCCUGGAUAAGCGGAUGAAAAUAGAUGGAUGGAUGGAUGGAUGGAUAGAUUUGUGUUUCUCCCAUAAUUAAGUAGGAAGUUAAAUGGUCUCUUUUUAUUGUCUGUAUUGAUUGUGUUUAUUGUUAUUUUCUACUUUGUUGUUCUGUAACUUACAGACAUAGUUAAUACUGUUCUAAGUCCACUUAUGAAUCCAUGGAUCAAAGAAUU